CCGCAGGCAGGCAGGCCUCGCUCCCCUUAUCCGUUUAUAUCACCACAAUACCAGCGAUUAGCAUAGCACCUCUCUCUUUCUUUUUAUCUAUCUAUCUCUUUGAAGUCUUUGAAGCUUUGAACUUUCAGUGUCUUCCAUAACUGAUAUGGCCCUUUUAUGGAUUUUAGAGUUUAUAGAGUGAUUUGAAUGAAAAAGAAACGAAUAGUUAGUUCAUUAGCACAAGAAGUGGAGUAUGUCUUGUCUUCUGCCGCAGUUUAAGUGCCAACCAGACACUCUCUCUAUACAUUUCAAAACUCACUACAUUCAAAGUUCCAACUUUAGCCAAUCUCCAGCAAGGAAUAGAGAGUCAAUCUGUUUCCGAGCACAAUGCAUUUUAUCCACCACAUCACGAACAUCCAGUGCGGUGCUUGAUCUGGAGAAGCUGAGAUUACCUUCUUUUGAAUCGCAUUCAGAUUCAGUUGCUGCAAACUGUCCAUGGACAUAUGUAGGGGCAAUUGGUCCUCCCAAAGAGGCAACCUUUGGAUCGACUCUAGCUACAGAAACACUUAUUACAAGUGAUGAGGCUGUAAUUGCUGCAGCUGCUGCUGAAGCAGUUGCUCUUGCAAGAGCUGCUGUCAAGUGUGCAAAGGAUGCAGCCCUUCUGGUUAAAAGUUUCCCUUGUGCAGAAACUGAAAGUAAACUUGCAACUCUUCCAUCCACAGCUGAUGCCUUUUCACCUAGAUGGCCUCAGUUUACAGAAACAGAACGAGCUUGUAUUCUAGGAGAUUCUGUGGCAGCUGAAACUGGACAAAGAGAAGAAUAUUCCAUGCAAUAUCCCAUCAAAGAAUCCGAUGAUUUAGAGCCAACUCAUGAAGAGAUUGAACUUCUGCAGAAACAACUUUCAGAGGGUAUUGCUGUGAGAUCAAGGCGCCAAACAGAAAGAAAAGCGAGACGAGCAAGAGCAGCUCAAAAGGCUGCAGCAAAUGUCAUGUCUGUGAAGUCUGGUUCUACCAGCAAGAAAAAGCGCUCUUCUUUGCAAGAUGUGGACUACUCUGAUCCAUUGCGUUACUUGAGAGGAACGACAAGCACUUCCAGGCUUCUAACUGCUUCUGAAGAAUUGGAAUUGUCUGAAGGAAUACAGGACCUACUGAAACUUGAAGGGCUCCAGGAGGAGCUUGCAGAGCGGUGUGGAGGUGAGCCCACCUUUGCACAGUGGGCUGCUGCUGCAGGAGUAGAUCAGAAAACAUUAAGGAAGCGCUUAAACCAUGGUAUAUUUUGCAAAGACAAAAUGAUUAAAUCCAACAUACGGCUUGUUAUUUCAAUUGCAAAAAAUUAUCAGGGAGCUGGGAUGAAUCUCCAAGAUCUUGUUCAGGAAGGAUGCCGGGGUCUUGUAAAAGGUGCAGAGAAGUUUGAUGCUUCAAAAGGUUUCAAAUUCUCAACCUAUGCUCAUUGGUGGAUUAAACAGGCAGUCCGCAAGUCUCUCUCUGAUCAAUCAAGGACAAUACGCUUACCGUUUCACAUGGUGGAAGCAACUUACAGAGUGAAGGAGGCUAGAAAGCAAUUAUACAGUGAAAAUGGAAGACAUCCUGAUGAUGAAGAAGUUGCCGAGGCAGCUGGGCUUUCAAUGAAAAGGCUUAGUGCUGUACUACUCACUCCAAAAGCUCCAAGGUCCCUUGACCAGAAGAUUGGGAUUAACAUGGAUCUCAAACCUUCGGAAGUAAUUGCUGAUCCCGAUGCAGAAACAGCGGAAGAUCAACUAAUGAAGCAAUUUAUGAAGAAGGACUUGGAGAAGGUGCUGGACAGUCUCAAUCCAAGAGAGAAUCAGGUCAUCCAAUGGAGAUUUGGAUUGGAGGAUGGGAGGAUGAAAACAUUGCAAGAGAUUGGAGAGAUGUUGGGUGUGAGCAGAGAGAGAAUUCGGCAAAUUGAGUCGAGUGCAUUUCGAAAACUAACGAAUAAGAAGAGGGUCAAACAAUUGAUGCAGUAUUUAGUUUCAUAAGCUAAGUUAUCUGGGAACUAUAUUGCUGAAGAUCCAGCUACCUAUGCCUGAGGCUGUUAUGUUUCAUCUGUAUUUAUUUCUUCAUUUUUCUUUUUCCAGCAAUUGAAGUGUCUAUUCUGUAUUCUUCUUCAGAAUUUUAGAGAAGAAUAGUUGUGCAUAGGAACAAAAUUUUUGAAUUAAGCAUUUUUCCCAUUUUCUCAA